CUCACUGAGCACACACACACGGAGCACUUGGAGUGCAGACUGGCGCGGACUGGCACACACACCGGCACACAGAAGCUCGGGCCGGUCGCGACUCAACCAGGAAGCUAUUCGGCGCACGCACACGCUGAUCGACUCUCGCUCGCUGCCACCGGACGCAGCAUUAUACGUGUGUAUAUGUCGCGCGCUGCGCGCCGCGCGGAGAGCCUCAUCCGCUCCGUGCGUGCUCUCGAGCACAUCAUCGAGCGCAAGCGCGGCCUCGAGGAUGCCCUCCCGCGGGCGAGCGCCGGGCUCGAGGCGCGGGCCGGCGGCGUCAUCCACGACACCGUCGCGGGCACGCUGAGGCACCUGCACCAGUACGAGCGUCGACUGGACGCGGCGGCUGCUGCGGCUGCAGGCGACCGCGCCUGGAGGGCGGUCGAGGACAUGCCUCUGCGCCUGCUCAUGGCCUCUGCGCUCUUCCAGUGCGAGCACACUCCGGCCUCGGCAGCGCACGUCGUCCGCAGCGCCACGGAGGGCUGCGCACAGCUCGGGCGCGCGUGGGCGCAGGCGCCGAUCGAGUCAGUGGUGCGCAACGCCGCCGCAGGGCGUGGCUUCUUCUCGCGCGCCGGCGCCGCCGAGCGGCUGUCGCUUCCGGCGUGGCUGCACGAGGACCUCGUGUCGAAUCUCGGGGCGCGGCGCCUGGACGCCUUCGGCCCGCUGCUGCUGCAGCGCCCGUCGCGGCUCCACCUCGCGGUGGCAAGCUCCGCCGGCUCGCCCUCCGAGUACGCCGCGAGGCUGAGCGAGGGGAGCGGCCCCGCCGCGCGGCUGGUUGCGGUCGAGCGGUCGCGGCGCAAGGCGGCGGCGCUGCGCGAGAGCCUCGCAGGGGAGGGGCGCGCCGCCGUGGUGUGCGGCGACGCGACGAGGCCGGAGGAGUGGGCGGCGGCGUGUGGCGAGGGCGGCGCCUCGGCCGUUGUCCUCGACGCGCCGUGCUCGGCGAGCGGCAUCCUGCGCACCCGGCCCGAGGCGAAGGUGCACCAGUCGCGGGAGAGCGUCGAGGCGCUGUGCGAGACGCAGCAGCGGCUGCUGAGGGCGGCGUGGUCGCGCCUCGCGCCGGGCGGAGAGCUGCUGUACACCACCUGCUCGCUGCUGCGCGCCGAGAACGAGGAGGCGGUGCAGCGCUUCGCAGCGGAGGCGCCAGGCGCGACGCUCGCGCCGCUGCGACCGCCGCGCGGCGCGCUGAGCCGCGCGCAGCCGCAGGGCGUCACCUUCCUCCCGAGCGAGGAGCACCAGGGCGGCUUCGUCGCGCUGCUGCGCAAGGGGGAGAGGGGGCAGGGGAGAGGAGGCAGGGGCGGGGGAGACUCCUCGAGGAGGAGAGAUGUGUUCGUGUGA